CGCUCAUGCAGUUUAUAAUUAUUACACGCGUGGAUCAUGGAUAGAUCUAGUUGUCUGCUAGGAUGAUAGUACUAUAAACAACAAGAGUAUGGGGUUCAUCUUCAUUGGUUUAUUUAUGGCGAUAGUGACUAAAUCUAGAGAGGCGUCUCUAAUGUCCAACACGAGUGUAGCAUGUCCUGGUGAGGCUGUUUUGUUCACAUGCUCUUCGCCUGGUACUGCAUUGAGAUGGCAAGUGCAUCUACUAUCACCAGCAGGGUGGUCACUGCAAACUAUCUUCCUUCUCUCAAAAGUUGGUGUUCCAAGGACACUUGGAUCAGGAGUGAUCAUGUUUGAGGCUGUUCUUGUGAGCAACGAUAGUGGAACUCUGACGUCCACUCUCAUCAACCUCAGUGAAGUGUCUGUACUGGAUGGUAGCAAUAUCACCUGCACUGUUGUCGAUUCAAAUGGUAUAGUUGUUGCACUACAGCAGACAAUCUCAGUUGCUGGUACUUCAACUUCUCCAUUAAAUCCAAGAAUAUCCUCCACUCAGAACCAGCUCAGUUUCUCUAUAGUCACUCUGGAGUGGGACCCUCCCUCCUCUACUGGUGGAGUGUCUGUCAGCUAUGUCCUUAUCAUAUUCCCAACACCUCUCUCUGGGUCACCAGUCACCAUGGAUACCACCUCAGCACUAACAACUGUCUCCUACAACACUCCCUAUGAUGUGACCAUCAAAGCUGUCAACUGUGUUGGAAUGAGUGAAACUAGAAUUGUAGAUCUGAUUGUGUGCCGCACACCGUUUACUGCUGCUGGCGUGACCAUCACUAACUCACCUCCUGUCACUAUUGGUGGAUCCAUGCUACCUUCACUUGCAGUGGAGACAAUGAAGCCAGAACCUCAACCUGUGGUAGUAGUGGGUGGUCUCCUGACCCUGGGACCUUUGACUGCAGCAAUCCUAUAGUCGCCUGUGGCUCUCCAGCUGUACCUUCUGGAGGCAGUGUGGACAUCAGUGGUAGGACACCACCCUUCUCACAGUGUUCACAGGUUACCUAUCGGUGUGACGAGGGACUGUUCCCCCUUGAUGUGAGGACCAGUACAUGCACUGAUGUGGGGGGUAGGGGAGAGUGGGUGGAGAAUCCUGGGAGCUUGGUGUGCAGAGAGAGGCCAGCCAACUGCACUCUUCCUGCUGAGCCAUUCAACGGUACUAUAGUGAACUAUGAGAGGUUGAAUGAGACAGUGUUGGAGAGAACAGUGCUGACUUACCAGUGUGACAAUGGACUCAUAUUGACUGGACCUAACACCAUCACUUGCACUAAUGCUCGAGUCUGGAGUACUAAUCCUGACGCAAUCAUGUGUGUGUUCGCUGAAGGUGGGUUAUAAUUAAUAA